UAGGAGGGCUGUUGAAAAUGUGACAGAAACGCUGCGACGUGAUCAACAUUGCUUUUAAAAAUAGUUUUUAAUUGUUUUGUAGUACAGAUGAAGGUGUAUUUUAAAUGGUAGAGAGGAUCAAAACAACUGAAAUUAUUAAACUCUUACAUAAGUGAAGUUCUUUCGCCAUGGACGAGGCAAUAGCGAUUAUUUUGAUAUCCGUUGCGAUGUUUUUGGGAUGUUUUCUGUUAGGUUUGAUUCCACUUUCGAUCAACUUUUCUGAGAAAAGCCUGCAGUUUGUCAGUAUAUUCGGGGCAGGUCUUCUCUGUGGCACCGCUCUAGCUAUUAUCCUCCCUGAGGGGGUGGAACUGCUGGAAGAGUCGUGGAGAGCCUCCUCCUGCUCUGUGGCCCCAGUAGGAGCCAAUAAGAAUGCCAGUGACGGUGGGGUCGGAGGUCAGCUCCAGGAGGCGGGCCCCCCAGCACGGUUCUUCAUCGGGGUCUCCCUGGUCCUAGGGUUCACCCUCAUGUUCCUGGUGGACCAGAUCUGUAGCUACUACUCCAUACUUGAUCCACGGACUGGAAUGUCCAACAGGAGCAGCAUCACAGCUACACUAGGACUGGUCUUCCAUGCUGCUGCUGACGGUGUGGCUUUAGGUACGGCUGUGGCUUCCUCCCAGGUCACAGUUCAACUGGUGGUCUUUCUAGCUGUCAUACUGCACAAGGCUCCUGCAGCAUUUGGCCUGGUCACCUUUCUGAUGCGUGCAGGUUUAGAGAAGAAGCAGAUUCAGAAGCAGCUAUUGGCCUUCUCUGCUGCAGCACCUGUACUCUCCAUCAGUACAUACUUUAUCCUGAACGCGAGUGGUGGAUCGUCCCAGCACCGUCUGAGCGCAACAGGUGUUGGGAUGCUCUUCUCAGCCGGAACGUUCCUCUACGUAGCUACGGUACAUGUACUACCAGAGGUCAGCUCCAGGGGGCAGCAGCAGAGCUCUCCCCACCUCCACCUCCACGGGACUGGGACCGGGCAGCAGGGGGGCCUGGGGGCCCUGGAGAGCCUCACACUGAUACUGGGAGCAGGACUGCCUGUGUUACUGACCCUGGGACUACAUGAUGACUAGUCUUGUGAAUCGAUGCUAUCCUACCAAGUCUCCUUCAUCAUCACUCAAGGAACAUUGGGAAGGGAAUGUGAGGAAGCCUGGAAAUCAAGGCUACACUACGACUGACAAGUUAACGUACAGAAGACACCACAAUAUGUUACCAAGCCAAGCACACAUUCAUUUACACUGGAGUACACCUGAACUCGUACAUACGUAGAGAUCAUUGGGGGUGUUUCUGUGUCAGAUGCAGUAUGUAUCAGUGUCCUUCUCAGAGAGAUCAUAAGGAAAUUGGGUUUGAGCAUAAUAUCUGUGGGAUCAGAGCGAGAGUGGUGUGUGUGUGUGUGUGUGUGUGUGUGUGUGUGUGUGUGUGUGUGUGUGCGUGUGCGUGUGUGCGUGUGUGUGUCAGAGACUCGUGUACUUGUGUAGAGCUUUUGAAAUUGUUUGUCUUGCCUAGUCCGAUCUCAGUGGGACAUUCUUUUGAGCUAAACUAUUGAGUUUGUCUGAAAGGGCAAGAACAUUUCCUGUAAGUGGAUCAUUUCAAAGGAACUGUUUCCUCAUAUUUGGCCUUUGUGCCUCUACUGAACAAACAAAAUCCAUUUUUUUUUUACAUUAGCCGAAAUCCAAACCAGAUAAGAUUUUAAUCAAAAGGAUAACAUUGUCUUUUGUCAUUUCUAAUACAGGUUUUGGCUGGGGUAUGUUAGGGACUAAAAUAUUCAGGGCAGGUUGUGAAAAGCCAUCUUUAUAAGCAUUGAAUGGUUGCCAUAACACUGACGGGCCCUAAAUGAACCACAGUGAUGAUUAUUGAUUUCUUAAUUUUGUAUUGGAUGUGAUGGUCUUUUUAGAUAGCUAAUAAUGAUGGUGGACCUUCCAAACGGACCAUAUUUCUACAUUGUGUUCUAUAGCCAGGACAAUGUUGUCUGUGUACCAGCCUGUUAAGCUAGCAUUCCACUCCUUGCCAAAUCUGUCACAUGCUAAACAUCUUUGGCAUAUGACACGGAGUACCAUGAGUGGAAUGUUAUCCAGACUGGUACCCAGGCUAGAGGAAUGGUAUCAUCUAAACAGACUGGUACCCAGGCUAGA